UAUUUUGUGUCUCUCUCACCAUUGAUCCUCAGUCAACACUCCAUGCCUUCUCCCAUCACCAAUACUUCUUCUUCUUCUUCCUCCAUCCGCUUCAUGGGUCUCCUUAAACAACCUGACUCCAACCCUAACAACAACAUCCUUGAUGAAUUCGACGAGAGCGAUGUUUUCUGGUCUGAAUCCCCUGAUUCCACUGUCGUUAAUUCCUUCUCUCCCCCUACCCCUACCCGCCACCUCCCUCAACGUCCCCCUACCCUCUACAAACCUUCCAAUUCCGGUCUCUCCGCUGCUCUUACCGACGACCACCACCCUCUUGUCCGUCGUAAAUCUACCCUCAACCCUUCUGUAUCUGCCACAUCUGCUGCUAAGAUGAUUCCGCCGGUGUUUCGUUCGGAGAAUUCGAAUCCUAAUUCUUACCCUAAAUUUCAUCAAUCUGCUCCGGUGAACGUGCCCGUGUGGCAGAAGAAGGAUGGACCGGUGGGUGGGUUAGACCGGUUUGAUGAGGUGGAAGAUGAGGUGGAAGGGGAGGAAAUGGUUCCUCCUCACGUGAUGGUGGCGCAGUCGCACGUGACGUUCUCUGUUUUUGAAGGCGUUGGGCGGACGCUGAAAGGAAGGGAUUUGCGGCGUGUUCGUAAUGCUGUAUUUCAGAAAACAGGUUUUAUUGAUUGACCCUAUAACCUUCCUACUCCCAAUUAAAAAAAAAAAAAAAAGAGGAAGACGAGGUUAAUCAAUUUGUUAUAUUUGGUGAUUGAAUUCUGAAGAAUAAUAUUAAUUUCGAAGGAUUCAGUUGCUCUACGUUCAUUUCAAGCUUUGUAUAUUAGAAUUUGGCCUUUGUUGACAUUCUCAUUUGGAAAAUGGUUAUUUAAUUGUAAUUAUGCAUUAUGGUGAAGUAAUCCUCGUCCCAAAUACAGAUGUUUCUUUUUUCUGUUCAAUAUAAUAGCUUGAUUUUUGAA